ACAUGCUCAUGACUGUGGGAAAGACCUGGCUGGUGCUGUGUGUGGCGGUGGCGGUGGUGGCAUGCGGUGUGCUGCCUGUGGCCUCUGGCCUGCCUGACUCGGUGGUGGACGCUCUUGCCCGCGCCCCGUUCCACGUCGAUGCCGAAUCGCUGCUGUCGCCGCCUGGCGAGCUGGUCAUGGACGUCCACAACGAGUACCCGUGGCUCAACGCCGAAGAGGCCGAGGCCGUCGCGAGCCUCAUGUUCAACCGCAAGCUCCUUGCGCCCGAGGAGGAGGAGGCCGCCGUCGCGCCUACCGAGGCGAUGCCGUCGCUCUCGGCGGCCAUCAACUGCCCGCGGCUGACGCCGCGUGCGCCGCCGGCGGACGUCGGCUCGGUCAAGCCGGUCGACAUUGUGGCCAUGGGCGCCAUCGGCGACUCGUACACCACGGCGUCCAACGCCAAGUCGUCCAACUGGCUCAACAUGAAGUGGUAUCCGGGCCUGUCGUGGGCCAUGGGCGCCGACGCCGACACGGUCACAGCCUUCAACAUCAUGAGGGCUGUGGCCCGCCCGGACGUGGCCGGCGGCUCGAUCGGCGUCGGUGAUGCUUCCUCGAACAUGUUUAACAACCGCGCCGUCGGCGGCGCGAUUGUGCAGGACAUGGUGGCCCAGGCUAACGAGCUUGUGGCCACCUUCAAGUCGUCCAUGAACACCACCCAGUACGUCAACGGGUGGAAGACCGUCAACGUGUUCAUCGGCGGCAACAACCUGUGCAAGGUCUGCGACUCGUACUCGAGCAACUCGCCGCCGGUGUACGAGGACAACCUCCGCGCCGCGCUCAACGUUCUGGCCACCAUCCCGCGGUCGAUUGUGUCGGUCGUGCCCAUCCUCGACGGCACGCAGCUCCGCCACUUCCCGGGCCCGCUCAACAAGAUUGCGCUCGGCAUCGUCUGCCCGUGCUUUGCCGGCACCAACUCGGACAAGAUCGCCGCCACCCAAAAGGCCAUUAACGAGUACAACGACAUCAUGGCCUCGCUCGUCGACGAGUUUAACGCCAAGACCGGUGCCGACCAGGCCUUUGUCAUCCAGCCCUUCCUCGUCGGCUUUGAGCUCCCGUCCGGCAACGCUGGCAAGGCCUACCUCUGCACUGCUGACUCGUUCCAUCCCUCACCGCUCGGCCACGCCCUCUUUGGCACCGGCCUGUGGAACAACAUGAUCGAGCCCGUCGGCGCCAAGUCGCGCCUCUCGACCUCGACCACCAUCAAGUGCCCAACCGACGCCGACUUUAUCUACACGCCCAAGUCGACGUAGCUAGCUUGCCCACUCACGUUCGUUCUUUCUUUCUCUCUUUCUCUCCACCAGCAAACAUCACAUUCAUACCCGCA